GGCAAGAAGCUGGACGCAGGCAGACAGUGAGUGAGCAGGAAAAUGGUCUCCAGAGGUUCAAGUAAACCUUCCCUCCCAAUAUGGUUCUUGGCAAUUGUCAGAUCCCUGUGCUCUCAACAGUACCUUGCACGUGUUUUCAAUGAACUGAAGCUGAUCGAUCAUGUGGAGGUGGAAUACUCAGAACUGAGUUCAGCUGAACUAGAUCCGUCCUUGUUGAGGAAAUGCUGGAUGUGGAGGGGAUGGCGAUAUAUCUGCUUGGGGAUCAUAUGCUUUGAACUUAGAGACCUGGGGUACCACUGGGUGUUUCCUGGUUGUUGUGGACUUACAUGCCUGCUUCUUGAGAAACUAUUGAUCCGAGAAGCUCGAAUAUUUCUGGGCCUCAAGAAUUACAAAACCCUGUAUGUGUUCCACCACUCAGUUCUCCAGGGACGAAUGAAUUUGACGGAUGUCUAUGAUUCCCUCUACGACAAUGUCCUGAAGAGCACAUCAAACAAAGCCGGAAAGGAAUCUAUCAUCUUCAUUGUGGACGAUGUGCAGGACGGCAAAACUGCACAGGAUAAUAUCAAAGCUGAACAACCAACCUUAAGCCAAUGUUGCAAAAGCAUUUUCGUCUUCCAGAAAACUGAGGAGAAUGGAUGGAACCAACAGGAAGAUUGCAGAUUAAAGAAAUUUCUCCAAACGUAUUCCAAUGCUGAUGAAUUGACCAAAGUGGAAUAAAGAUUCAAAUGAUCUUUCAAUGUAUUCCUUCCUGUUUGGUCUGUGAGAGGUAGAGAAUACCAGAACCUUAUUCUGGUUCAGUAUCUUAUUCUGAUUUCAGUUUCCCUGAGAAUGAACUUUUUUUAACAGUUUAUUUUAUUAUGGGAAUAGCACAAA